AUGGCUCUUCUCUCACAACUGAUCGCCGCAGACGUAGACAAGCCUAGUCUGUGGCAACCCAAGCCCGCGCGUAAGUGUCCGCACUGCGAGUUCUAUCCUUAUCGCCAAGAGAAAAAGGUAUGCGAGGUUUGUGAGUUCAAGAUGGGCGAAAAAGGCGUGAGAACCUACGUUGAGAGUAAUGAGAAGAACUGGGUUGUGUAUCACCUCGUUCGAGAAGGAGAGCUACCAGCCAGGUCUUUACUCGAGGAUCAUAUGCGCACGCGACUUGUUAAAGAGAACCGUUGCCGACGGCUCUCAUGCGCCGUGGAGAGGGUCUCUGCUUACGCCCACUGCGAGCCAUGUCGAGAGAGGCUCACCAAAAAAGUUGCUGACAUGAAGGAUCCGAGGGCUGUUCCCGAGACAGCUGUCGCUCGCCUCCAAGCGCUGGGCUACUCCGAGACAGGGUUUGCCAUGAGGAUUGCCAAGAACGAGACUUGGGUUCUGCCCGAGGACUGGACAUGGGAGAGUUCACUAGGUCAGUUUGUGCAUCCUGAUCGUAAGACCUACAACGGGAACUUGGAUCCUGAGGAGAUGGUUUGA